AGCCCAGUGCUCAUGCUCCAGCAGCUGAGUCGAGACCGUCAACAAAACUGCCAGCAUGGCAGCAAAACACUUUUACCGACAAGGCUUUUUAUUACUUUUAUUCAAUUUUAUUUCAACCGCAGCCUUGGAAAAGAGGUUCUCCGACCUGAAAAGAUGCGCCGAUCAGGAGUGCAGCCUGCUUCUGUGUCGGGGGAAAGCAGUGCGAGAUUUCACGGGACCAGAUUGUCGGUUCCUGACAUUUAAGAAAUCAGAAACCAUCUAUGUAUACUACAAACUAGCGGGUAGGAGGACUGAUAUGUGGGCCGGAAGUGUUGGAAGUAACUUUGGCUAUUUCCCAAAGGAUCUUCUUGCAGUCAACCACCUUUAUACUGACCAAGAGCUUGAAGUUCCAGCAGAGGAAACAGAUUUUGUCUGUUUUGACACUGGAUUUGAUAAGUUUGACAAUUACGACGUAGAUUCACUCUUAAGCUUUUCAGCGGAGGAAAAUGACAGUGACAACACAACGUCUGACCAAAGCCAAGUGAUAGAGGGCACUCAGAAAGAAACACAGCCAUCUGAAGAAGAAGGGACUGACAGUGAAAAACAAAUUGAGCAUCAAGAUAAACUAGAGAAUCUCGAUAAAGUCCCGGAUGAUCAAAGUGUCUCUUUACCUGAGCGUGAUGUGCCAACAGAAUCGCCCCCUACAGAAGUAGUAGAGUCUGAUACAGCAACUACACCUGAUGUUCCUGAAAGAGCAGAAGAAGUUGAGCAGAAAAACGCAAUGAAGUCUGUUCUUGAAAAUGUUGUGUCAGAGGGCAGUGAAACCAAAGACACACCCACAACAUCUGAAGUGGAAUCUGUGCCCAAAGAUGAGUUUGUCUCAGAAAAGGAAUCAGUCUCGACUUCUGAAGGAGUGCAAAUCCCCGAGUUGAAAACUACCUUUGGAUCAACUUUUGAUGCUGUCACCACCAAUGAAGAAAUCACCAAGAAAGUUACACCUUAUGAAGAGGAGGAAAGCGAAGAUGAGGAAAAUCACCCUGAAGACCACAUUGAUGUUAUAGAAGAAACUCCAUUGCUGUCUUUCUCUAAAGAAGCCGUGACCUCUCCAGCAUCUGAUUUCCUCAGACAGCAGCAGGAAGCUCCUCCUAUAACACAUGAUGAUAAACCACAAACUGCAGAGGAGAAGAACAUGUGGACAUCAUUUGGAGAUGCAGUGUUUUCAGUUGUCACCGGGGGAGAGACGACAGCGCAAGAUUUGAGUUCAGAGGAAGAUGAUGAGGAUGAGGAGGAAGAAGCUGCUGCAAAAACCCCUCCGAUUAUCGAGGAAGCAAAAAGUGAUGUAGAAGAACAAGCAACAGAGCCGGAAACACUAAAAGAGCCAGAAAACAUGGAGUCUGUUCUUCAGGAGCUCCCUGAUUCCAGCUCCAUACAAACAGAUGAUAAAGAAACAGCCAGUGAUUCUGAGAGACUGUUGUUUGAUCGUGAUAAUAACAGUGAUGGAGAAGUGAUCGGACACGAGGAAGCCUGGGAUGAGAUAUUACAACCCUCAGAUGAUACACCACAGAUGCACCAUCAAGCAGAAGCAAGUACAAUAUCAGUGGAUCCGCUAUCAAAAAAUGAUACUUAUGCCAUUCCUGGAGCUGAAAAAUCAGAUAUUAAAACAGCAGAAGAGCCCACUGAGCCCAAAGAAGAAGAAGAAGAAGAAGGGGAGGAGGUGUCCAAAGAGUCAGUGGUCAGUGAUUAUUAUGCAGAUACACAAGACAGUGGCAUUGCGAUGGAGCUUAGACAGGAUUUAGACAAUGUGUUGGAAGAAAACAAGACAGUGACCGAUCAAGAGUUAUUCAGUACUGAAACACAUCAGGACCUGUCCACUGAAGAGAAGCAGUCUGCAGAUGUCCAAGAUGAUGAAAAGACAGUAGAUGACCAUCUGCCUAAUCAGAUACAUGACCAUUUGAUGAGAGAUUUGGAGAAUAACAACAGUCAACCAGAUUUUUCAGUCGAAGAACCAGAGACUCAUGAGGAGCUACAUACAGAGGAGAGGGAAGAAGAGAACUAUGCAGAGCUGGAGGAAGAAAAUGUUGAUGAGAAAGAAGAAUUACUUGAAGAUGAAAAUGCGCUUUCAUUUGCACAAUCAGACGACACAGACUCUGACAAACCCUCACUUGAAACUGAAAGUCUGUCCACUGUGUCGACUCCAGAGCCAGAAUACAGCGAUAGUGUUUUGAGACUGUCUCUGCUGAGAGACCACUUCACAGAGACAGACAUGGAGCGGGUACAGAGGCUUCUGGGUCUCAAAAAUCUCUUCAAAGUGGAGGCCAUGCUCUCUGAUCUGGACACGGAGUUGCAGGCUACCCGUCUGUCACACACAGGCACCACGCAAGACAUUGAAAAUGCACUCGAGCGCAUCCUGGAAGCCUCUGAAAACACUAUCUUGGACGAGAUCGAGAAGAUGAUGGACAGCCGAAACACAAAACAUGAUUAUGACCCCCAUAUGGAUACAAGUAGUUUAGAUGAGGAGACUGAAAUACUGGAUGACUUCCAGGAGCUUGCAUUCAGCCUUCGUCAGAAGUAUUCAACAGCCAGUGACAGUACACCUUUAGCAACAGAAAAAGCAUCAGAUAUUGAUCAAGAUGAACAUGAAUUGAAUGUUAAAGAGGAAAUGCCCUAUAUUGCUGAAGAAGACAAGAUUGACAGCGUCCCUGAGACUGAGAGUGAAGACAACAUCACAGUAACAGAUCAUGAGGAAAGGCUGGCAGAGACUGAAGAGGAGCAGAGUGUUUUGGAUGAAGUGCACACUGGACCAGAUGUCAGUGUGGAGGGGGAUAGUGGGCACUUCAAUAAAAACAAAGACAAUCAGCCAGGAUUCAGCGUAUCAGAUGAGAUACAGAAGGUCCCACAAGCCACUCUGGAAAAUCCUCUAGAAAAGGGCCUUGGUGUCGAGGUGGAGCAGUCGCCCUCAGGAUCUUUGGAGUCACUGGAACCAGUGUCUGAAAUUCAUGAAGAAGAAGUAGAAGAAGAAGAGGGAGUGUUCUCAACUGGAAUUGUUUACAUGGGCUGCAUCCUUUCAAUCAUCAACAAUAAAACUGUUGAAUGGACAACUGUGAUGAUUUCACUCCUGCCAGAAGAGUGGAAGCCAGGGGAUACCUUGUAUGGCUGUCCUUGGCAAGCAGUGGCCGUCACUGCUUUUGUUGGGGUAGUGACCUUCACACUUUUCUUCUGGAGGACUGUUUUCGCAGUAAAGAAGAGGGAAUACCUUGUGGAUGAAAAGCAGCUCACAGAGCAAAUCCAGGCACUCAAAAAAGAAAAGAAUGAUGCUCUCACGAAGAUGUCUGAGCUCCAGAAGCAGACUGAACAACUGAGAGAAAAUCAAAAGCAGUCAAAGGAAACUGUUAGUUGUACAAUGAAAAAAAUGAAAGACCUGGAGAGUAAGGUUUUAGAGGCAGAAUCACGAAAUGAGCAGAUAGCCGAGGAAAAGAACAGAUAUGCAAGACUACUUGAAGAAGAGCGGGCAACUUCUAUGGAAAAUGAAACCAGGAUUGAGAAACUGGAGAAGUCAUCCGAGAAGCUGCAGCUCAGCAGGAAAAAGUUUCAGGAAGCACUCGCUAAGACUACUGUUCUCCUGGACGAGGCCAAGAUUCGUGAAGACGCCCGAAAUGUUCAGCACAAAUGUCUCGAGAAAGACUAUGCAGCCCUAAAAGAAGAGAACAAAACGCUCAAGGCUACCAUUAAGAGCUGGGAGGACAAACACAAGGAGCUGAGCGAGCAGAUAAAGUGUUAUCAAAAGUCCCAGAAAGAGCUGGAGGACUCUGUGGUGCUUAAAGAUCACAACGUAGAGGUGCUGUCUGAACUUCUGGCAGACUUAGAUGCUUGUGAUCUACAAAAAGCUGACACCAAAGUUUUAGCCAAUGGUGAAAUAGCACCUGAUAAGAAGACAGCCAUAAAGAACAGGAUCAAACAGAUGAUGGAUGUUUCUCGGGCCCAGACCACUCUCUCAGUAGUUGAAGAAGAGCGAGAUCGCUUCAUGACUAAACUGCUGAAUGAAGAAAAGGCUAGGAAGGCGCUGGAAGAACAACACCAGGAGCUGGAACAUGAAAUUGGAACGCUUAAAAGCGAGAAGAGCCAUGUUGAAAACCAGUUCAAGAUCCUUCAGCAGAAAAAUGAAAUCAUGGUUGAAAUGUAUCAACAGAAGGAAAAUGCUCUACAGCAGAGAUUAACGAAGGAGGAGCUGGAGCGGCGCAGCAAAGAGAGUAUGCUGUCUGAGGUGGGAGGAAAAGCUCUUGAGGCAGAGGAGCAGGUUAAAGUCUUAAGGCAACGCAUUAAUGAAAUGGAGGAGCAGAUGAAGAAGACUGAGGAAGUCUACAAAGAGCAGAUAAAAGAACAGGAAAACAAAACUCACUCAAACUGGGUGAAUGCUCGUAAUGCGGAGAGAGCUCUGAAUCAAGAGAAGCUUGAAUCAUCAAAGCUCCGUGAAAAGCUGGCUGUACUAACCUCCCAGCUGAAUGAGCGUCGUGCUCCUCUCUUCAGACCAAACUCUGGACAACCUGCAGGCCCUCGCCAAGGUGACUCAUAUGGGCCCUCACCUGUGAGUGGGGGUGCACCAUCCCCUCCACUAAUGAUAGAGGGUCCCAGACGCCCUCCUUCUGCCCCUGUGGGGCGAAGAAUUGACCCGUAUGGUCCUCGACCUCCAUCAGAUCCUCAUGGUCGUUACCCUGAAAACAAACACAUCUCUGGGAUGGACAUGAUGGGUCCCCGCAGUUCAUCGCCCGCCAACAUGGAUGGAUCUACACAAGCAGUAGAUCCGCAGGUUAAAGCAGAGGCUCAGGCUGAGGCCUCCACAGAGAGUCCAGAGCCAGGACCUGGAUCCUUCCUAGCAUCUCCGAUCAGGGACUCACCUGGCCCCAUGGUCCAAGGACCUCCACCCGGCCCUGGACCCCAUGACCCACUACUCCCUCCUGGACCCCCUGGCCGUCUGCCACCACCCGGACCUUACAGACCUCCACGGCCCGGCCCCUACCACCUGCCACCUGGUCCUCCUCCUCCAAACGUACCUCCUCCUCUUCACGGGCCUCCACUACCAGUUAACGGACACCCAGGUAUGCCUCUGCCUGGACCGAUGGGAGGAGAGUUUGGACCUCGACCCAGCAAUGGACAUGCAUUCCUCCCCAGGCCCGGCCCUGGCCAUGUUGUUGAUCCCCGGGGUCCACCACCGCCACAUUUCCGUCCCCCUCCACCUCAUCACUUUGGCCCGAUGCCUCCACCACAUGGUGUCCGUGCGCCUAUUGGACCACGUCCACCCGUCCCUCCUGACAUGCGCUUCCCAGGACCACGUGACCACACUAGCCCACCAGUGGACCUGCCCCCAGGUGUCCCGCCCCAUCCUGCACAUCCUGGUGGUGCUUAUGGUCAGGCCCCACCUGAUGCCCUCCUCAACUCAGCCGGAGCUCACAGCGGCCCCGGGCAAGACCUGCAUGUGAAGCAGGACGCCCCUCAGGACUCAGCGAGGCCAGCGAUGGUAAAGCCUUAAAAAUGCCACCAGCUACGGCAGAGGACUUGAACCCCCGUUACCCUGGACCCGUCAUGUUAACGAACCAGAUCCAGUCCAAACACAGGUCAUGAUUAUUUUCAUAUUUCAGUUAUAAAAUUAAAAAAAAUCCUGGAAUUAUGUUUAUUAAAAAACAUGGUCCUUAAAUUACACUAUCAUUAUGUGUCUGAAAUCGAUAUAAGUUGAAAGGGUUGCCACUUUUCUAAACAUCUUAUUGUGCAAUAACAGUUCAUUAUAUGCCAGACGAUUUUCACUUGUCGAUCUUUAAAAAAAAAAAAAAAAAUAGUAUGGUGAUUUUUAAGGGGCAAUUUUUUUUAAAUGUCAUUUCCUGUGGAAAUUAUUUUAAAAAUGGAGGAAAAAGGAGAGAGAUUUAGCUUCUAGCGUUUCAGGAACACCAUAAUUUUCCCAAAGCUGAACUGUAAAGCAAACGUAUAAUUUGAUGGCCAGAUGUAUAACUUAUUUUACUAUGUUGGUAGAACUUUUAAUAAUAAAGAAUGUAAAAGCUGUCAGUGUUAUGUUAUCAACUGAUUACAGUUCACUUACAGAGGAUGUGUGGUAAAGUCUUCAUUUGAGGAAAAAAAAAAUAAGGCAUACAUCUGUGCUGUUACUGAGAUAAUUUUAGGACUGUGAGCGCUGGCAUUUACUUGACAUGGUUUGCUGUCUCACACAAUUAGUAUCUGCAUUCUAGCAUUUUGUAUGAUCUAAACAAAGUACCUGAGAAAUUACUUCUACGUCCAAAACACAUGAAAAUGUGGUCUUAGCUCUCCUCAUCUCCUUCCAUCAGACCUAUUUUGUUUGGACACGUUGCCACAGGACUAUUGGCAGUGUAAAGUUCAUUGCACUGCCAAUAUAGUCUGAUGCUGAGUUUACUCAGAAUCCAAAUCAGUAUACACUAAACAACCUGAAAGUGUCAGUUCACCCAAUAAAAAAAAAACUCGUUUUACUUAUCUGCUGUUGGUAGUUUCUGAUCAUGCAGGUAGUUUUGGUUUAAUUUGUCCAGGUUUUAGAUCAGAGACGUUCUGCUUACAGAGCUCACAGAACUGAAAAUAACAUUUGAAACAGCAACACCUCUUUGCAAAAUCAGUGCCUCUACUCGAUAAUCCCCACACCUAGAUGUGAACUGUUUUUUGCAGCUACUGUCUAAUCCCUGAGUAAGUCUCUGCAAACUGUGUCAUGUGGUCUGUGAAUCGUCCUGAGCAACAGAGACACUGAUUUUGGAAAGAGAAGCUGUUGCUAAAUAGUUUACAUGCCAAUUUUAAAAGAUGUGAGCACUGCAAAUAAUCUCCAUUGUGCAGAGAUGCAGGCAGACGUUUCAGAGAUGGGUAUUUCAGACUCUACCUUAUAUUCAAAGUAUAUUCAUCCAGGGUUAAUUCAUUCAGAAAUUACCGUAAAUCUUUAUCAACCAACAUUGAAUGCAGGUCAUAGGAAACAAAUACCCUUAAAAAACAUCAUAGAACCAUAUUUACCAACACUUUUUAGUGUGGAAUAUAGUUUGGCGUUUUUAUUGAUGAUUUUAUUUUAUGGUGUUUAUUUCCUAUGUUGUCUAAGCAGUGUUGAUUGAUUAGGAUGAAAGCAAACAGCAAUUAUAUCAAUGAAAAAAAAAAAAAUUUUUUGGCAAAACAAAAGUCAACGCUCUUUUUGAAGUCGACUGUCCAAAACCUUGAAUGCAUAAUUAGAAAUUAAUGUAGGAGUGAUCCUCAGUCCUUAAUGGAGCAACAAUAUAGUAAGUCAGUAGCGUUCAGGGGCUCUGGAUGAAAUCCUCCACCAAACAUACUCAUUUGUAGUUUAUUAGAAAUUAAAAGCCUUGUAAAUGUUUGAUACAAUUCCCCUCAAUCUGUCAACAAAACUAAAACACUCAACACUUCUCAGUCCUACCACAUCGUAGCACUUCAUACAUACACGCAGUUAACUGUAUGCUCAUCAGUUAGUGUAUCUUACAGUUAAUUUACAGUCCUGAAUAUUGAGACAUUACAAAAAUAAAAUCUAAAAUCAAAUAUAACAAUGUAGAUGUUUUAGUGAAGAAGAACAUCUGCAGAGUCAGUAUGGAAACAUAAAGUUACAUGCAACUUCCUUU